AUGGAUCAGGAGGAUGGGCCCCAGAAUGAAGUCGAGGAAGGAGCGCCAGAAGAAAUAAAAGAAGAGGUAUAUACAGAAGAAGUAGCAGAAGAAGUAGAAAAAGAAGAAGAAGCAGGAGAAGCAGAAGAUGAAGCAGAUGAAGAAGCAGAAGGCGAGGAUGAUGACGAAGGAGAAAUAAAUGAAGACGAUGACAAAGCCCCAAGCAAGAUGAAAGUCAAAAAUAAUACGGAAGAAAUAUUCUUUGAUGUAAGUAACAAUUUUGAGGGGUUCGACAAUAUUUUGUUAGAUGUGAGACUAAGGAAAGCAUUGCUUUAUAUAUUUAAAUUCAAGCAUCCGACAAAAAUUCAAAAAGUUUCAAUUCCAAGUAUAUUAAAAGGUAAUGACACAAUUUUAAAUGCAAAAACAGGGUCUGGGAAAACAAUGGCCUAUUUGAUUCCAGCAAUUCAGCGAUUGAUAAAGUUCAACAUCGACGAAAAAGAACAUUUAAAAUUUUUUUAUAAAUGUAUAAUUAUAGCCCCAACAGAAGAACUAUGCUUACAAAUAUAUAAUGUGGGUGAUAAAUUAUGCUCAUAUUUAAAAGGAAUAGUAACAAUUAACCAUAAUGUAAAUAAUAUUUUUUAUGAGCAUCCUACUAUACUUGUAAGUACUCCUAAACAUUUAUGUAACUAUAUAUUAGAACACAAAAAUAAAAAUAACCAAAAUAUAUUAUCCAAUUUAAAAAUAUUAAUUAUUGAUGAGGCAGAUGUAAUUCAUACAAAAGAAUUCCAAAAGCCAAUGUAUACACUAACACGCAAUUAUUUACCAAAAAAUUUUUCAAAAAAAUAUCAAAUUAUUAUGGCUUCAGCUACUUUAAAAAAAAAUAUUAUAGAAAAAACUAAUCUAUUUUUGCAUAAGCCAAUUUAUUUAACUACUGAAGAGGAUAAAAAAACAACUGAAAAGAAAAGUAAGAAGCAUCCUAUUGAUAGUCAAAUUGUAGAAAGUUCUAAAAAAAGUCGAAACAAUAAGACUGUAAAUAAUGAAGGUGUAAUAUAUCAGGGAAAUGAUGACGUCGAUGCAACAAAUUUUAAAUUUGUUGGAAAAUCCUUUUAUUAUCUUUAUGACGAGGAAUUAACAAAGUACAUUUAUCUAUAUUUAUUGAUAAAAAAUAAAACGGUCAAAUUUAAAUCAAUAAUAUUUACGGCAUCGACAGCAGAUGCGUAUAAAAUAAAAAUAUUUUUAACAUAUCUAAACAUCACAUCUUCUAUACUUAAUCCAAAUCAUCCUAUUUUGAUCAAGCAAAAUAUUAUUUUGUCAUUCAACAGUUCAAAAUUUUAUUUCUUAAUAUGUCCGCAGUUUGAAAGAAACACGGUUCGCACUUCCCCCAAGGAAUCAGUAAAUGUCGAUUUAUCUGAAGAUGAACCAACCAUGGAAGAACUAACCGAUGAGAAACUCAAGAGCGAACUAUCUGAAAAUGAACCAACCAAAGAAGAUAUCAACAAUGAAGAAAUCGAGGAUGAGUUAUCUGAUGAAGAAAUCAAGAGCGAACAAUCUGAAAAUGAACCAAACAAAGAAGAUAUCAACAAUGAAGAAAUCGAGGAUGAGUUAUCUGAUGAAGAAAUCAAGAGCGAACUAUCUGAAAAUGAACCAAACAAAGAAGAUAUCAACAAUGAAGAAAUAGAGGAUGAGUUAUCUGAUGAAGAAUCCGUCAAAGAGGAAAUGGAUUUGGACCAAAUUAGUGACGACAAUGAAAAAGAAGAGAAAGACUUUUUAUACAACAGAGGUUUAGAUUUUCGCAAUGUAAGUUGUGUUAUUAAUUUUAACAUGCCAUUAGAUAAAGAAACCUUUUUACAUAGAAUAGGAAGAACUUGCAGAUUAAAUACGAAAGGUAUAAGUAUAUCAUUUGUAGAUGAAAAUAAAGAAAUUGAAAAAAGUAUUGUUAAAGAAAUUGAGAAUGAUAAUAUAUGUUAUAUGAAAAAAAAAAAUAUGAAUUUUAAUAGUAUUGAAACUUAUAGGUAUAGAGUUGAAUCAACUUUGAAUAAAUGCACACAAAAAAAAAUAAAUUUAUUUAUUCAAAAAGAAAUACUAUAUCAUUCAUUAAAAUCCAAUGAAUUAAAAGAAUUUUUUAAUUCACAUGCAAGUGAAAAAAGAAAAAUUAACAAAAUUAUAAAACGUUUUAAUAAGCAAAUUAUUUCACAAAAAUUUAUUAAAGAUAGGAAUGAAAGUAUAUUCUUAAAAAAAAUGACCCCUAGCAAUACAAUCAAAAAAAAUGAAAGUUUUGACAAAAGAAGCAAAAAUAAUAACCGAGGUAUGCAACACAUUGAAAAGAGAAAAAGGGGUUUUGCCAUAACUCAAAAAGGUUAUGAAGACCAAUUAAAGAAAGAACCCAAUGAAGAAGUUACAGACCCUACUAAGUUGCCUGCUUUGUUUGGUAAGCGACUAAGAAAUUAUAUGUAUAUGAAAUAUAUAAACAACAAAAAAAAAAGUACACUUGACAACGAUGCGCGCCAAAAUCGUUUUAACGGUAAAUAUUCGAAUCGUAAUAAAAAAGGUUUUAAAAAUAAUAAAUUUUCCAAAAAAAAUAAAUUCACAAAAACAAAAUAA